AUGUCCACCGACACCAACAUCCCCACAGCUCAAGUAGCACAAACUCUCACGCGCUCGAACCUCCUGUACGUCUUCUCACAACGCGACGCGUCCAAACGGCUCGAAGCAAUCGAAAAAAACUACCACGCAGACGUGCAGUUCGACGAGCCCGACGGCAGCGUGUUCGUGGGCCACGAGGGCGUCAACAAGAAAGCGGGCGAACUGCUCGAGGAGCGACCGGGCUGGGGGUUCGUGCCCACGGGCAGCGUCAAGCAGACCAAUGACCUGCUCUAUCUCGCCUGGGGGUUUGGGCCGGUCGUGGAGGGUGGGAAGUUGGGCGAGGAGGGAAGUGUUGAUGUUAAGGCUACGGGGGCGGAUGUAAUACUUGUUGAGGGGGGCUUGAUUAAGAAGGUUUGGGUCAUCAUUGAUGGACUGAGUGAUGUUAAGGUGUGA